CCGGCCGCGACCUCCCCCAGGGCUGGGCCCGGGCUGGAAGGCGGGGGUUCCGCGCGGAGGGAGCGGCUCCAAACGCGUGUGUGGUCCGGGAAGGGGACGCAGGCGUGGGGCGCCGGCAUGGGCGGUGACGGUGGGUGUUGAUAGGGAAGCGGUGAGGAUCCCUGGAUUCACGGCCGGAACUGCCCGUUGCGAUUUGCCCCGGGAAGCAGCGAAAUGAAGCGGGCAGCGUGCGGUGUUUCCUGCCUUGGCUCCAGACGCAGAACAAAGCGAUGUUAGAGCAGAAGUCAGCUUACCAGAGGAGAUCAAGAUGAGUCUACGGAAGCAAACCCCCAGUGACUUCCUAAAACAAAUCAUUGGAAGGCCAGUUGUUGUAAAAUUAAACUCUGGAGUUGAUUAUCGAGGUGUCCUGGCUUGCCUGGAUGGAUAUAUGAACAUAGCUCUGGAGCAGACUGAGGAAUAUGUAAAUGGACAGUUAAAGAACAAGUAUGGAGAUGCAUUUAUCCGAGGAAAUAAUGUGUUGUACAUAAGCACCCAGAAGAGGAGGAUGUGAAGAUGCCAGAAGGAGGCUGUUUUUUUGUACUUGUGAGCCUCUUUGAAGUGAUGAGCCCUAUUUGAUUUGUAGUUCAAAUUCCACAGGUGAAAUACACAAGUGUUUAAGUAUUUUUUAAAAUAAAUGUAAAUGUGAGUGUAAACUGCCUGAAUGCUUUUGUUUCAAAGCAUUGCUUUGUUCCAUUGUACAAAAGAAAAAUAAAAGGGAAGCAUGUAAUAGUGCUGCAAGACUAA